AUGGAUAUCCGCGCAAUCGACCGAGAGGAAAACAGGCGUCGCAUGGCAAAUGGCGAGCUCUACUAUGCCUUCUCGCCUGAUCUCAUAGCCGAUCGCCAACGGUGCCGCAAGGCGUAUCAGAGACUGAACGCGGCUAGUGAUGUGAGCCGCAGGGAGCUCGUUGAGCUGUGGAAAGACCUCAACUGUGACGAGACACCUCUUCCUCCGCAAGCCAUGAGCCAGGAAGAAGAUGACAUGCUCCUUCAGGACUGGCCCUGGAUCGACUCUCCGAUUCGGAUGGAUUACGGUCACAAUGUCAAGCUUGGACGGAACGUUUAUGUCAACGUGAACAGCACCUGGAUAGACACCUGCCUCAUCUCCAUCGGCUCGCGCACGCUCAUCGGGCCCAACUGCUCUUUCUUCAGCGGAACCCACCCGCUGGACCCGACCCUCCGCAACGGCACGCAGGGUCCCGAGGGCGGCAGGCCCAUCACCAUCGGCGACGACUGCUGGUUCGGCGGCAACUGCAUUGUACUGCCGGGUGUGACCAUCGGCCGGGGUGUGACGGUCGGUGCUGGCAGUGUCGUGACCAAAGACGUUCCGGAUCACAUUGUCGUUGCGGGUAACCCAGCGCGCGUGAUCAAAAAGGUUGAGGUAUCGGUGCCCGCCGAAACAAUCCCUGCCACAUCGACGAAUAUCAACUAUGCUUCGUAG